AUGAAGUCUCUCUCUGCCCUCGCCGGGCUCAUGGGCCUCGCAGCAGCCCAGUCAUGGCCAAACACGCCCUUCACUGCCUCGGGUCGUGACAUCCUCGACGCCUCUGGGAACGUCGUCACCUUUGCCGGCGCCAACUGGCCCGGUGCGGCAGAUGUUAUGAUACCCGAGGGCCUGCAGUACCAGAGCGUGUCCUACAUCGUGUCGAAGCUCAAGGAGAUCGGCAUGAACGCGGUGCGGUUGACCUACGCCAUCGAGAUGAUCGACCAGAUCUACGAGAACGGCGGCGAGGACAUCCCCCUGUCGCAGGCGCUGACCCAGGCGCUGGGUGAGGCGAACGGCACGACCGUCUUCGACCAGAUCUUGGCUGCGAACCCAGACUUCAGCACCAACAUCACGCGAUUGGGGGUCUUCGAUGCAGUAGCUGCAGGAUUGGCCGCCAGCGAGAUCUACAUCGUCCUGGACAACCACAUGUCCCAGGGCGCGUGGUGCUGCAACACCGAGGACGGCAACUCGUGGUGGGGAGACACGUACUUCUCCGCCAGCUCGUGGACCGCCCUGACGUCCCUGUCGCUCCGCAACGAGCCCCGCAGGCCCGACAACAACGCCACCCUGGCCGAGACGUACAACUGGCAGAACUGGUACGAGUACGUCAAGGAGGGCGCCGCCGCCGUCAGCACCGCCAACCCGGACGCCCUCGUCAUCCUCUCCGGGCUCGACUUCGACACCUUCCUGACGCCCGUCGUGCGCGGCACCGCCCUCACCCCGGGCACGGGCACCUUCUCGCGCGCCGACUUCGCCGCCGACAAGGUCGUGCUCGAGCUGCACAACUACGCCAACAGCGUCGCCGACUGCGCCUCGCUCGAGUCCAGCCUGUACAACAACGGCUUCGAGGCCCUCAACACCACCGCCGACGUCAACCACUUCCCCGUGCUCCUGACCGAGUGGGGCUUCGCCCAGGACGGCGCCACCUACCUCGAGCCCUACACCCAGUGCCUCGCCGAGUACCUGCCCGCCCAGAAGGCCGGCUGGAUGAUCUGGGUCGUUGCUGGUAGCUACUACAUCCGCAGCGGCACGCAGGACUUUGAGGAGACCUGGGGCCUCCUGUCGCACGACUGGAGCGACUGGCGCGACCCUGCGUUUGUGAACAGCACCUUGGCCCCGAUGGUGGAGGCGACCCUCUCGUGA